AUGUACUUGAUACUUUGUAGUCUCAGUGGGAGUUUUAUUUAGCAUUCAUGAGUGAGCUCAUGGAUGCCCGUUUCUCGUGAAAGCCCGAGGGCUACGUGAGAAGAAUCUCAUUUCCAACUUUAUUCACCCUCACAGAUCUCUCUCCUUUUCAGUUCUCCUCUCUCUUCUUGUCUGUGUAAGAAAAACAAGAACACCUGGGUCCGUGUAGCCUGUGCCAAAGCAUUAUUCGCUGUACUCUUUUCCUCUCUCAUCUCUCAUUACUUUCAUUCCCAUAAUCACAGCUGCCUUGCCUCUCCAGUCAUCUUCUUCUCUGGCUCUACGAUCAUGUUUUUUUACGAUAACAGGAUUGGCAUUCAGUGAUACACCCAUGUUCUAUUAUGCUGGUCCAUUUGUUUGUUUCUUCUUGUUUUGUGGUUCUUUGAAGCUUUUCCUUUGAUAUGACGAGUCUUCUGGGUUUUGGUCCUCAAUCUUGAUUUGUACUGAUUUUCGCCCCGAAAUUAAGGGAUUGGUGUGCUCUGCAAUUCUGGGUUUCAAGAAAUCUAAAAUGUGGUUUCUUGAAAAAGUCGACACUUGACGGGGUUUUGGAUUUCCGGGCUUUUCUUCUUAGUGGAUGCUUUCUGUGGUCUCGCCAGGAGCUCAGAAUCUUCAUUGAAGUGGGUGAUCAAAGCAACAAGGAAAAUGAAAUCUGAGAACGAAAAAAGUAAUCAUAAGAGCAGCGGGAUUCUCAAUAAUUUGGCCUUUUGAUCAUUGUUUUGGAGUUUGGAGAAAGAAAUUUGAGAUAUUUAGCCAAGAGUCACCAGGCAAAAAAAGGCGGCCCACUAAUGGCGGUUUUUCUCUUGUUCUCUAUUGUUCUUGUUGGGUUUCUAUCAAAACCUCAGCUUGUGGGUGCUCAGCUCCGUGAUCAAACUACGCUGUUAUCCAUUAACAAGGAGCUUGGAGUACCUGGUUGGGGAGUCAACUACUCAGAUUACUGCUCUUGGCACGGCAUUGGCUGCGGUUCGAACAAUUCCACGGUGGAAAGGCUUGAUCUUUCUAGUCGGAAACUCCGAGGUAAUGCGACUCUAAUUUCAGAGCUCAAAGCUUUGAAGUGGCUCGACCUUUCUCAUAAUGAUUUCCAUGGAUCACUUCCUUCAGCGUUUGGAAACUUAUCUGAGCUAGAAUUUCUCGACCUAUCAUCGAAUAAGUUUGGUGGUCUGAUUCCUAGAGAAUUGGGUGGUCUUAAAAACCUUAGAACAUUGAAUCUCUCCAAUAACUUGCUUGAAGGAGAAAUACCUGAUGAGCUCCAGAGCCUAGAAAAGUUAGAGGCUUUUCAAAUUUCUAGUAAUAAACUAAAUGGUUCUAUACCUAUUUGGGUGGGCAACUUGACCAAGCUGAGCAUUUUCACAGCCUAUGAGAAUGAUUUAAGGGGCAGAAUCCCGGAUAAUCUAGGUUCAGUUUCAGAGCUUCAAUUGCUGAAUCUGCAUUCAAAUCAUCUAGAAGGCCCGAUACCUAAGAGUAUUUUUGUCCUAGGAAAACUGGAAGUUCUGGUUCUGACCCAGAAUAAGUUGAGCGGAGAUCUUCCUGAAGAAUUUGGGAACUGCAAUGGCCUUUCCAGUAUUCGAAUAGGCAACAAUGAUAUUGUAGGAGUCAUUCCUAAGUCAGUUGGAAAUAUUAGCAGCCUUGCAUACUUUGAAGCAGAUUACAACAAGCUCUCUGGUGAGAUUGUCCCCGAGUUUGCUCAAUGCUCUAAUCUCACCCUCCUAAAUUUGGCCUUUAACGGGUUUGCUGGAACUAUUCCUCCAGAGCUUGGACAGCUAAUGAAUCUGCAGGAAUUGAUUCUCUCUGGAAACAGUUUGUUUGGAAAUAUUCCGAUAUCAAUCCUCAGGUGCAAGAAUCUUAACAAGCUUGAUCUAAGCAAUAAUAGAUUCAAUGGCACCAUACCAAAUGAAAUCUGCAACAUGUCAAGAUUGCAAUUCGUGCUCUUGGGUCAAAAUUCAUUUAAAGGGGAGAUACCUCGUGAGAUUGGAAACUGUGUGAAACUGCUUGAAUUGCAAAUGGGCAGCAACUACUUGACUGGAACACUACCUCCUGAGAUUGGUCAUAUAAAAAACUUACAGAUAGCAUUAAAUUUGAGCUUCAAUUAUCUCCAUGGGCCACUGCCUCUCGAGCUAGGGAAACUGGACAAGCUGGUUUCUUUGGAUGUCUCUAAUAAUCGGCUCUCUGGUAAUAUCCCACCUGCGCUUAAGGGCAUGUUGAGCUUAAUAGAGGUCAAUUUCUCAAAUAAUCUGUUCACCGGCCCAAUACCCAACUUUGUACCAUUCCAAAACAGUCCAAAUUCAAGCUUUUCUGGGAACAAAGGCCUCUGUGGAGAGCCAUUGACCCCUUCAUGUGGAAGCUCUCGUGAUUCUAACCUUGAGAAUUACCAUCACAAGGUCUCUUACAAGAUCAUACUAGCUGUUGCUGGUUCUGGCUUUGUAGUCUUUGUAUCAGUCACUGUAGUUGUUCUGCUGUUUAUAAUGAAAGAGAGACAAGAAAAAGCAGCCAAAGCCGCAGGAAUUGAAGAUGAUGUAACCAAUAACCGGCCAACAAUACUAGCGGGCAAUGUGUUCGUUGAGAAUCUCAGACAAGCAAUAGAUCUUGACGCUGUUGUAAAAGCGACUUUAAAGGAUUCAAACAAACUCAUCAGUGGGACUUUCAGCACAGUUUACAAGGCAGUUAUGCCUUCUGGGCUGAUUCUGUCAGUGAAGAGACUUAAAUCCAUGGACAGGACUAUCGUUCAUCACCAGAACAAGAUGAUUAGAGAGCUUGAAAGGCUCAGCAAACUGUAUCACGAUAAUCUAGUGCGACCAAUUGGGUUCGUUAUUUACGAAGAUGUUGCUCUUUUACUCCAUCAUUACUUGCCGAACGGGACAUUAGCCCAACUUCUUCAUGAAUCUACCAAGCAACCUGAAUAUGAACCUGACUGGCCUACACGACUCUCCAUUGCGGUUGGAGUGGCGGAAGGGUUGGCUUUCCUCCAUCAUGUGGCCAUUAUCCACCUUGAUAUUUCUUCUGGUAAUGUUCUUUUGGACUCUAAUUCCAAGCCUUUGGUCGGGGAGAUUGAGAUAUCAAAGCUCUUAGAUCCAUCCAGAGGCACCGCAAGUAUCAGUGCUGUAGCAGGCUCAUUUGGCUAUAUUCCACCAGAAUAUGCAUAUACAAUGCAAGUUACAGCACCAGGAAAUGUGUAUAGCUAUGGUGUUGUUUUGCUCGAAAUCCUUACGACCAGGCUACCAGUUGAAGAGGCUUUCGGUGAAGGAGUAGACUUGGUGAAGUGGGUUCAUAGCGCUCCACCACGAGGGGAAACACCAGAGCAGAUACUUGAUGCAAGGCUUAGUACAGUUUCUUUUCGGUGGAGGAAGGAAAUGCUUGCAGCGCUUAAGGUCGCCCUGCUCUGCACUGACAGCACACCAGCCAAGCGGCCUAAAAUGAAAAAGGUGGUGGAAAUGCUUCGAGAAAUAAAGUAGAAGUGACGGGUGGUCUAAUGUUGCGAUCUUAUAUAUUGAACCUGCCUCGGAAACGGGGAAAUCCUCAUAUCUUAAAAGGAAUAGGGAUAUUAAAUGUUACAGUUCAUUUCCGAAUUUGUCUUCAACAGGGCGGUGGCAUGUCCUCCCUGGUUCAGGCUGCUUAGUUGGAUCAUCUGUCGACUUGUUCUGUAUCAGAGAGUUUAUGAGAAAUGGCAGCAUGCAAUCUGUUGGAGUUGGAAACAAAUUAGGUUGUGGAUUGAUGCUAGGAGAGCCCUCAAAAGAGGAAGGACUAGAGUUUCUGUCAUACAUUAGGCCCGGAAUUAAAGUUAUGAAAGUUCAAGAUUAAAAAAUUUGUAUGUGGCAGAUGCAUGUCCAAAGUCGAUACAAUUUUCUAGUAUUGAAGUUUCACCCAUAUACUUCUAUUAUAUAAUGCCCGACUCUACCCUUGUUGGAUUCUGCA